CAGUUGUUUCGGGCCCGAAGUGUUUAGCGGUUCAUGUAGGAAGUCGCACUUUUUUUUUCCUUUCGCUUUCACACAUGCAAGCACAGACGAACAGGUCGUUUCAUCAUCUCCGUUCUUCUUCUUCUUCUCAGUCGAGACUCUUUCUCUUCUGCUGUAAAUCUAAAGUUGAAAAGAAAAUCACAAUCAUAGUCGCAGUCCUCGGUUUUUCACUUAACCCCUCAAAAACCCAUUCUUGGUCAAAUUUCGAAACCAUCCGGUCAAGAAAAGAAGAAGAAAAAGUAAGACGGAGUCUGUUGAGCGGCUUUGAUCCGAAAACUUUUUGGUACCGGAAUGUCCAACCCGGGUGGGUUCGCCGUCACUCGGAAUCGCUCCGGUGACCGAUUCUACAACCCUCCGCCGGUUCGGCGACACCAGCAGCUCUUGCUGCAGCAGCAGAAGCAGCUUGAGAGGCCGGUGCUGAAGGAGAACCAAGUUGACUUGCCCGAGGCGGAGGCGAGGACCGACUCGAAUGAGUCUACAUUAUCGCGCCCCAACUCAGUUCGCUCGGCCUCUCCUCCUAGAACUGCUAAUUUGACCAAUUUGGAUCGGCUCAUGGAAUCGGUUACUCCUUUAGUCCCAGCUCAGUAUCCGGAGGCAAGAUCACGGAGGAGGAGAACUCAUGAAGCUGAUGUGCAGCCAUUCUUUUGUCUUGGUGAUCUAUGGGAAUCUUUCAAAGAGUGGAGUGCGUACGGAGUAGGAGUACCACUUCUACUAAAUGGGAGUGAUUCUGUUAUGCAGUACUAUGUUCCAUUCUUGUCAGGGAUGCAAUUAUAUGUAGACUCACAGGGAACGAGGAAACCUAGUGAAGAAAGUGAUGCGGAGUCCUCCAGAGAGACAAGUAGUGUUGGCAGCAGUGACUGUGAGGCACGGGCUCAACACAACAUUAUGAACUGGAACUCUGAAAGAAUUAAUGGACUUGCAUUGAGAGAGAGACAAACAAUAAGUUCUUCUAGUGAUGAAACUGAGCUCCCCAGUUCACCUGGGCUACUUGCAUUUCAAUAUUUGGAAGAAGAACAGCCUUUUCAUCGGAAACCUUUAUAUGACAAGGUUUCAACUAUUGCGUCUAAAUUCCCAGAGAUCAGAAUUUACAGUAGUAGUGAUUUAUUGCCUGAAAGUUGGAUCUGUGUGGCUUGGUACCCAAUAUACAGAAUACCCAUGGGUCCAACAUUACAAAAUCUAGAUGCUUCCUUCUUAUCCUUCCAUUCCUUAUCGACACACUCAAGAAGUAAAAAUCAUAUGCAAUUUCACAAUUCGAGUGGGAGGAAAGCUUUUCACGACCGUGCAUUUUCAAAAGUUUCAUUACCAGUAUUUGGCCUUGCUUCCUACAAGUUGAAAGGUUCAGUUUUGUCUUCCAAUGAAGCCGAUGAGCGGCAGCAAGCAAAUUCACUAUUGCAAGCUGCUGAUAAUUGGCUCCAAGGUUUGCAGGUUAAGCUUCCUGAUUUCCAGUUUUUUGUUUCCCACGGCACCCAGGGAAAAUGAUUUGUUAUGUCCCAUAGGCAAAGGUAUUGGUUCUAGGUGUGUUGAAAGAUAAAUUGCCUAAUCUUAAAAGACCUUCUUCCAGAGAGAUUGGUUUUUAGCCUGCUGAUAGUUUUUCCAAGUCGUCUGAGUUUAUACAUUUAUAAGACUUACAACCAGCAGCUGUCCACAAGAAGGAUAUGCUUCUUCAGCCUUUUGUGGUCUAAGUGAGGGAUGAGAAGUUAAAAAAGCAACCUCACAUACCAUUAGCCCAGAGCUUGAUGAGGGGCACAAGUCAGCAUCUCAGAAUAUACAUGGAUUCUCCCUUAUGUCGUCGUGCAUGGGGAGUGUGAAAACUGAAAGUUUAUAAACCUGUAUAUUAUUGGCCCAUCACUGGAUAAUUCUCCUCUCCUUUAAUCUCUUUUGUGCACAUACCACAUUGAUGGUAACAAUUUCUAUCACAGGCAAUCCUCUAAUUUAUCAGGAAUUUUGCAUCUCUACUUAGUUUUUUUUU